CUCAUAACUAACUUAAUCAUUUCCUAUCUUUUGUUUCCAAAGACCUUCACCGCCUGGUGCAACUCACAUCUGCGCAAAGCAGGCACACAGAUCGAGAAUAUUGAGGAGGACUUCAGAAAUGGACUUAAACUCAUGCUUCUGUUGGAGGUGAUCUCAGGUGAGCGGCUCCCCAAGCCCGACAAAGGCAAAAUGCGCUUCCACAAGAUUGCCAACGUGAACAAGGCCCUGGACUUCAUCUGCAGCAAGGGAGUCAAGCUGGUGUCCAUUGGUGCUGAGGAGAUUACGGAUGGUAAUGUGAAGAUGACCCUGGGUAUGAUCUGGACCAUCAUUCUGCGUUUUGCUAUCCAGGACAUCUCUGUUGAAGAGACAUCUGCUAAAGAGGGCCUGCUGCUUUGGUGCCAGAGAAAGACUGCCCCCUACAGGAAUGUCAAUGUGCAGAACUUCCACAUCAGCUGGAAGGAUGGCCUGGCUCUGUGUGCCCUCAUCCACAGACACAGACCUGACCUCAUUGACUACGCCAAACUGCGCAAGGACGACCCUAUUGGCAAUCUCAACACUGCUUUUGAGGUAGCCGAGAAAUUCCUGGAUAUUCCAAAAAUGCUUGAUGCUGAAGACAUUGUGAACACACCAAAGCCUGAUGAGAAAGCUAUCAUGACCUAUGUGUCAUGCUUCUACCAUGCCUUUGCUGGAGCUGAGCAGGCGGAGACAGCAGCCAACAGGAUCUGCAAAGUUUUGGCUGUGAACCAGGAGAACGAGAAGUUGAUGGAGGAGUAUGAGAAACUGGCUAGCGAGCUGCUGGAGUGGAUCCGCAGAACCAUGCCCUGGCUGGAGAACCGCGUGGCGGAGCAGACCAUGCACGCCAUGCAGGCCAAGCUGGAGGACUUCCGCGACUACCGCCGCGUGCACAAGCCCCCCAAGGUGCAGGAGAAGUGCCAGCUGGAGAUCAACUUCAACACCCUGCAGACCAAGCUGCGCCUCAGCAACCGCCCCGCCUUCAUGCCCUCCGAGGGCAAGAUGGUCUCGGACAUUGCCAAUGCCUGGAAGGGUCUGGAGCAGGUGGAGAAGGGCUACGAGGAGUGGCUGCUGAUCGAGAUCCGCCGUCUGGAGAGAGUGGAUCACUUGGCCGAGAAGUUCAAGCAGAAAUGCACCCUCCACGAGACAUGGACCUCAGGAAAAGAGGAGUUGCUGGUGCAGAAGGACUACGAGUCGGCCUCUCUGAUGGAGGUCCGUGCUCUGAUGAGGAAGCAUGAGGCCUUUGAGAGUGACCUGGCCGCCCACCAGGACAGAGUGGAGCAGAUUGCUGCCAUUGCCCAGGAGCUCAAUGAGCUGGAUUUCUUUGAUUCAGUCACAAUUAAUGCCCGUUGCCAAGCAAUUUGUGACCAGUGGGACAACCUGGGCACGCUGACCCAGAAGAGGAGAGAUUCACUGGAGCGUGUAGAGAAACUGUGGGAGACCAUUGACCAGUUGUACCUGGAGUACGCCAAGAGGGCCGCACCCUUCAACAACUGGAUGGAUGGAGCUAUGGAGGACCUGCAGGACAUGUUUAUUGUGCACAGCAUUGAGGAGAUCCAGAGUUUGAUCACAGCCCACGAUCAGUUCAAGGCCACGCUGCCAGAGGCAGACAAGGAGCGCAUGGCAACCCUGGGCAUUCACACCGAGGUCCUGAAGAUCGCCCAGACCUACGGCAUCAAGCUGAUUGCUGAGAACCCUUACACCAGUCUCUCUGUCCAGGACAUCAACAACAAAUGGGAAAAUGUGAAGCAGCUGGUGCCAAUGAGGGAUCAGAUGUUGCAGGAGGAGGUUGCCAGGCAGCAGUCUAACGAGAGACUCAGGCGCGCGUUUGCUGCCCAGGCUAACAUCAUUGGACCCUGGAUUCAAACCAAGAUGGAGGAAAUCAGCCAUGUCUCCAUUGACAUUGCUGGCUCUCUGGAAGACCAGAUGAGCAACCUCAAGCAGUAUGAGCAGAACAUUGUGAACUACAAAUGUAACAUUGACAAGCUGGAGGGAGACCACCAGCUCAGCCAGGAAGGACUCAUCUUUGACAACAAACACACCAACUACACCAUGGAGCACAUCCGUGUGGGCUGGGAGCAGCUCCUCACCACCAUCGCCCGCACCAUCAACGAGGUGGAGAACCAGAUCCUGACCCGCGACGCCAAGGGCAUCAGCCAGGAGCAGCUCAACGAGUUCAGGGCCUCCUUCAACCACUUCGACAGGAAGAGGAAUGGCAUGAUGGAUCCAGAUGACUUCCGUGCUUGUCUUAUCUCAAUGGGCUAUGAUCUGGGUGAGGUUGAAUUUGCCCGCAUCAUGACUCUGGUAGACUCCAACAACACAAGCGUGGUCACGUUCCAGGCCUUCAUUGACUUCAUGACUAGAGAGACUGCUGAGACUGACACAGCUGAACAAGUCGUGGCCUCCUUCAGGAUCCUGGCAUCUGAUAAGACCUACAUCACGGUGGACGAGCUGAGGCGGGAGCUGCCCCCGGACCAGGCCGAUUACUGCAUCAGCCGCAUGACCAAGUUCAUCGGCGGCGAAGCUCCACCUGGCGCCCUGGACUAUAUCUCUUUCUCCAGUGCCCUUUAUGGAGAGAGCGACUUGUAAAGAGACACCCCUCCAUGUCAACCUCCCCUCCCCUACUCUAUCCCAAUGCACAUACCAACUAAAAAAAAGAUGAGCUGACACAUACCUCCUUGUUUAGGUCAUGAUUCAAGAAACAUUAACUAAGCACUUGUAUUAAAAAUGUAUUGCAGUGGUGAAGUGCGCGCUCUCUCUCUCUCUCCCUCCCUCCCUGCUCUGCAAGUUAUCACUUCACAACUGUUCGUAGUGGUGGAGGAUGCUUGGCUCAUGUACUGUACCAACAAGACUAUGAAGUUUUAGAUUUUAUUUUUGACAAUUCUGGACUAAACAGUCCUCUCCAUAUCACAUAUGUGUCUUUAUUCAGGAGAAAAAAAAAAUAAAAUCAGUUCUACAUGG